AUGGAUGACUUGUCAAGGAUCAGCAACGACCUAGCUCAGAUCGAUGGACAGAUCACCGACGUUUUUCGUGCUUUAUCAAAUGGAUUCCAAAAGCUGGAGAAGAUUAAGGAAUUUAGCAGGCAGAGCAGGCAGUUGGAAGAUCUUACAGAGAAAAUGCGCGACUGUAAGCGGCUUAUAAAAGAAUUUGACAAAGAAGUAAAGGUUUUGGAGGAUAGACUUGACAGAGGAACCAACAAAAUGCUGAACGAUAAAAAGCAAUCAAUGAUCAAAGAGUUAAAUUCAUAUGUUGCUUUGAAAAAGAAAUAUGCUACAAAUAUUGAGAAUAAGCGAAUUGAGCUCUUUGAAGGACCUAGUGAUGGUCAAGUAGAAGAAAAUGUUUUGUUGGCUUCAUCAAUGACAAAUGAACAACUAAUUAAUAGGGGACAUCAAAUGAUGGAUGAAACAGACCAAGCUAUUGACAGGGGAAAGAAGAUUGUUCAAGAGACACUAAAUAUUGGAACAGAGACUGCAGCAACUCUAAAGUCUCAGACAGAACAAAUGAGCAGAGUCGUUGAUGAGUUGGAUUCUAUUCAUUUUUCAAUGAAGAGAGCCUCUAAAUUGGCCAAGCAACUUGGUAGGCAGAUUGCUACCGACAAAUGUAUUAUGAUGCUACUGUUUUUUAUUGUCAUUGGAGUAAUAGCUAUCGUUAUUGUAAAGCUUAUCAACCCAAACAACCAGGACAUUCGUGACAUUCCAGGAUUAGGCCCUCCAGCUUUGACCAGAAGAUUGCUUUGGGAUCAUAUUGUUAAUGAGCAAUUCUGA